UUCAGAGCCCUAGAUGCCCUCUUCUACUUCCUGUUGGUGUGGUACUACUGCACGCUCACCAUCCGGGAGAGCGUCCUCAUCAGCAACGGCUCGAGGAUCCGAGGUUGGUGGGUCUUUCAUCAUUAUGUGUCCACCUUUCUGUCUGGAGUCAUACUCACCUGGCCUGAAGGGGUUCUCUAUCAGAUGUUUAGGAACCAGUUCAUAUCAUACUGUCUCUACCAAAGCUUCGUCCAGUUUCUCCAGUACUACUACCAGAGUGGCAGCUUGUACCGACUCAGAGCGCUCGGAGAAAGGCAUAACAUGGACCUUACAGUCGAAGGUUUCCAGUCCUGGAUGUGGAGAGGCUUGACCUUCCUUCUACCUUUCUUGUUCUUUGGUCACUUCUGGCAGUUCUACAACGGCAUCACACUCUUCAAGAUGUCUCAGCUCCCGCAGUGCAAAGAGUGGCAGGUUAUGAUGUGCGGCUGCGCUUACAUGGUGCUCUUCCUGGGGAACUUCUUCACCACACUGGGAGUCGUUUACCAGAAAUACAUGAACAAUCAGGACAAGCCCAAGAGUUUAUAGGACUGAGACGACCAACUGAGCUGAAUCACCAAAUAUCAUGGAAAACCACCACAGCUCUAAUAUUCUCAUUCAGGCACUUUAUAAUGUCCUUAAAGACUUUUUACAUGUACCGCCCCUUUUAUCAAUGUCCUUAUAAAUUCAGUGAGUGUGUGUAAAUGAUUUCUAAAGCGAUAUGUCAAAAUGUGCUGUCACUCCAAACAACCAGGUACCUCGUAUGCCGGUCUUACUGUGCAGCUCUGUCAGGUUUCUGUAAAGAACCCAAUAUUAUAGACAGUGUUACUGAAUAUGCAUCAUAUUUAUUGAGGGAAAUCUACAAUCUGUUACUGAGCUGCUUCUUUUUAAGCCGUACAGAAAGUUAUUUUAUGAAACACUCCUCCACUGCUUUAUGUUUACACUCUUUCCCCUCAAAGACUUCCCAGAUCAUUUCGUUUAAAUUCAACGUGAGACCCCAAAGUCGAGAGAUAUGUGAGUGUUUUACAUCAAAAAAAGGGGAAAUUUAAAAAAAAAAGCCACACAAAUGUUGUCAUAUUUUGUGUUCUUCUUUCCCACUGCUUUAUCGUCGGCUCUAUCAGAGCUCGUGUCUGAACUAAUAAUGGAAAGUGAUUGCAUCUGUUUUGAAAAUGAGACUUUUAAACCAGAGCAUGUGUUUGUUUCAAUCAGUUUGUGUUUAUGAAUUUGUCUGCUUUUUAUAUGUUGUUUUUUUUCCUCUUCUAUCUUUUAUUGUAUUGCUGCGGGGCACAUCUGUGGGUCUCAGUGGGUUCUCCCUGCUAAAAUAAAGGAUCAAUAAAAUCUCA